UUCAGGCAACAGUCGCGUAAAUAGACCGCAACUAGACCACAUCAGAUACCGGUGUGCCUAGAAAGGCGGCUCGUAUAGUUUUCAGGGGGCCAGCACGGGUUAGGCCUCCCGCAUCAUGCGCUGUCAGUUAAGCGAUCAGCCAUCAAAUCUCCCCAAUAAGUAGACUGGAUAUCCCACAGCCAAAGAGUCUUCAUUGCAUUGUCAAGCAUCACUCGUUACUGUCUUUCGUUCUUUACAACAUUUCCAACACCUGGACUUAAUAUUCAUCCUUCUACAUCACAAUGUCUAAGCUUUUGUCUCUGGCGCUUUUUGCUUCGUCUGCUGCGGCUACAACAACCACUUCCAUGUGGAUGCCGGGUCUUUCGGAUGGCGAUGUCUCAUACGAAGGUGCCGUUAUCAAUGUCAACGAUGACCGCACUACCUUGUCUUUGGAUGUCCCAGCUGCCACUAUGGAGGAUCUAAUGGCCGAUAUUCCAGCGACAAUCACUGUUGGAGGCAAUACCUACUACGGUUUCGAGGCAGCGGCUUCAGCCUACGGCGUAACUGUGACAAUCUCCGGCGAAUGCUCACGCAAGAACACCGACGAGGCAUCAGCAUCUUGCACCAUGACUACCAAGGGCCUCGAUGAGGCGAUGAGCUCUGUGUGCGCCGACGCCGAGUACUCCGACCUCUGCCCCGAUGGUGCGGACGCUGCCCUUCAAACCUCUACGGUAUUGCCCGAUGGAUACUUCAACAUGAUCCCCCUCACCAUCACAGAAGGCGACGAUUCGCUUCCGAGUGCGACUGCAGCAGCGUCAGUGUCCGCUGAUAGCGCUUCUGUAACAGCAUCUCGCUCUACCAUGACCUCUGUAGCUUCUAAAUCCGCCACGGCCACCACUUCCGACUCAGAGUCUGCUGCCAGCUCCGGAGCUUCCCCAACUUCCAGCUCUGCCGAGCAAGCCACCGGUGCUGCUCAGAUGAUCCAAGUCCCGGCAUUGGCCGGUCUUGGUGCCGCUGUUGCUGCCUUCUUCCUGUAAAGAUUUCGGAGCGAAUUCUUUAGUUCUUUCCGUGCAUCUCGAACAAGUUUUAACUUAGCGAAUACCCUAUACAUACCUGCGCAUCGUCG